AUGUCGAACCCAACGGAGCAGGCGCUGCUGCAGAUCGCACAGCAGAUCGAGCGCGCCGUCGAUGACGAAAUCGACCGCAUCGAUCAGAUGGACGACGACGAAAUUCUCGCAAUUCGUCAGAAAAGGCUGAAGCAACUGAAGGAAAUUCAGGCCCGUCGUGACGAGUGGCUCCGCAAGGGGCAUGGGCAGUACCUAGAGGUUGCGGAGGCGAAGGAGUUUUUCGAUAACGUGCAGAGCUCGGAGCGGAUUGUUGUCCAUUUCAUGCGCCGCAGUACCCCUCGCUGUGAAAUCAUUGAACGGCAUCUGCGCACGAUUGCCCACGAGCACUUUGAGACUCGGUUUUGUUAUGUUGACGUUGAGCGCAUUCCGUCUCUCCCAGAACGCUUCAACGUGAUGAUGCUUCCAACCUUAAUGCUUGUGGAGAAGGGACAUACAUUCCACAGCAUCAUCGGCUUCGACGAGUUUGGCGGGACCGACGAUUUUACUACCGAUACAGUUACCCAGGUUUUGGGCCACUACGGUAUGAUCAAUGACAAGGGGAUGUUUGCUGCGGACCAGAAUGACGAAUAG